GUUGAAACCCGGAAAAGAUGGUCAACCUGGCAACCGACGCCACAAAACGGCGGGGAACAGCGCUUGUGGGCUGUGCAGCAUCCCCGAGACCCGGCAGUGUUUACAUUCUUCCGCUUUUGGGGUCGCAUAUUGAAAGUUCUUUUCCUCUCUUCGACUGAACAAACGUUCGCGGGGGAAACCACCUCGGUUUUUAUUGUUACGGGAAUUAAUCCAGGCAGCUUGCAGGACAAGCACGCCCAUCAUGGAGCAGCAGGGUAAUCUGCAAGCUGCUUCUACCUACAUUAAUAAUGUCUUAUUGGCCCGGGGUCUGGUGAAGAGCGGGCGACCCAUUGAUUUUGCGGACCCAGAGAAUGAGGAGGGCGGAUUGGGCGCGACCAUGGCAACGAUAAUCAACCUGGUCAAUGACUUGGUUUUGAGGCGAGAUCGUGAAGUAGAACAUCGAGAGAACCUAGCGACGACGAUCCGGGCGUUACGAGCAGAAGAGUCACACAAGACCAUGGAAAUUGAAAAACUCCAGACCAAGACGACCGAAUUAACACGGGCGUUAGCACUGGCGGAGGCGCAAGAGCGAUCACUCAAGACCAACAUGUCAAGCGCAGAGGCGACGAUCCGAGGGCUGAAAGACCAAGUACAGCGCAUGAAGACAACAGUGCAGCAGGUGCGAUCUCAGUGUGCCAACGAUAUCCGCAAACGUGAUCUCGAACUACAGAAACUGAAGGGCCAUCUAGCGGAUCGACAACGGGGGAAGCGCGAAGGGCUCAGUGUGACGACCAUCAAUAUCAACCCGAGCGCCAGCCAAUCGUCGAAGACCAGGUACCUAGCUGGUGGAGAAGGCGUUCGGGAUCCGGGAUACAGCUUAAAGCAGGAGACAAAUGACUUUCUCACGGAGCUAUGCCAGAAUCUGAGCGACGAAAACGACUCCCUCAUCCUCCUUGCACGGAACACGAUCCACACGUUGAAUGACCUGCAGGGCUUGCAGGAAGAAGAGGCAGACGGUGGAGAUGAGUAUUCUCACGGGAUGGCCAGCGUGGGCACCCAACGCUCGACCCACAGUGUCCCUGCUAUUACAACGCUACCUGCUUCAUGCGAAGAGCUGACCGGCCAGAUGGACCGGGUGCUGGAGCAUCUGCGGACCUUGCUCACCAACCCGUCAUUCGUCCCGCUGGAAGAAGUAGAGAUACGAGACCAGGAAAUUAACCGACUACGCGAGGGCUGGGAGAAGAUGGAAAGCCGAUGGAGGCAAGCUGUAACGAUGAUGGAUGGCUGGCACAAACGAAUUGCUCAGGGUGGAGGCUCCGUGCGGGCAGAAGAGCUUCGAAUGGGCCUGAAACUAGACGUCCAAGUUGAUUCCAGGCAUUCACGAGUCAAAAACGAAGACGUAGCCAUUCACUCGCCGAUUUUUGAGGACCAAGAGGCCGAGGACGAGGAGGACGAGUACGAUCAGGAAGGGGAAGAGACGGUUGAAGCAAGCCCAGAGGACGAGUCACCCUGUACAGCGGAGGAGGCUCCUCAGCCAAGCGCUAGCCGAGCCUUAAAAGAGCGGAGCGACAAUAUCAUUGCGGCGGGACGAUCAUCACGGAAAGAGGUCACAUUCUCAGAUAAACAGCAAGAGUCACCGAACAAACCACAGGAAGAUGACACACUGUCUGUAAAGGCUCAUCAAUCAGACGCGGUAACGCGGAGACCAUCCAGGAAGCGAGUUGAGCCGAAAGGGCCCCGUCCGGCCCCGACCCGGAUGAGCGUGCACCAGAAACUCGCAGCCGCCGAGAGCGAAGCACGAGCCGCAGAGCAAGCGCGCAAAGAGCGCGAGAGCCGGAAGAGAAGUCGUGGAGGCAAAAUAGCGCGAAAGGGCACUCAGGAUCGACGACGGAGCACUUUGACGCACGACGAGUUGGACGAGCUGAUGGGGAUGAAGUAGCAUAUACCCCUAUGAUUUUUUUUUUUUUCCUCUUUUGUUUUUCGUUUUGUUUUCAUUAUCUUUCACUGUUCUAUAUUCCUCUACUGCAUAAUAAUGUAUUGUUCCUGAAGAAUUCCAGAAGUAAUGGCAGGACAUGAAUCCGCAACCCUCGGCAAAUAUCAGUUUAUGUUUUCCACCUGGGCAAGGUAUCGAUCGAUAUGUGCUGGAGAAGAGGAAAGUUGGGAAGUUAUAGAUUUUUAUCUCGUGUUAGCUUCCUUGCUCAUUGUUGUAAAUGUAUUUAUUGUACAAUCGCCUGGAUUUGGGUCCUUACUCUGGUACUCUUAUUUGCGAAGAUGGAUCUUGUACUGUUCUCCUAAUUAGGAAAUGGGUAUGAAAUGAAAUAACCGAG